AUUAUAAACACCCAGAUGUCUGUUACAUCAUUGAACUUCUUCGCUAUACGUACAAUAUGAUCGAUAAAAAAACACCGCAACGAGAAAAUUCGGAACAGGAUAUUGAUGUGAUUUUUAAGUCUUACUUGUUUUCUUGUUUUGAUGACAUUAUGGACUUGCAUUUCGGGAAGAUGGUUUCUAGAGCUUCACAACAAUGCCAUACUCAAGCAAUGGAUGCUUCUGAUAAAAAAUAUAAUCUUGCAAAAGAUCUUACCUGGGGGCGAGAAUUUUCGUUUUGUGAAAGAGCAGAGCUUAAAAUUGAAAAUGGAAAAAAAAUAUUUGAUAACACACUCAAGGUGCAAAAAACAUUGUGUGACAUGCAUCAGAAGUUAUUAGAAACCUUGUCUAACGCAGGCGGUGGCGCUAUUCCUGUCAAGGUUGUUCAAACUUCCCGAAAACUGCUUCUGCCCGGAUUUAUCUUAUCUCAAUUUUUUAUUCAAGUUUUGUUAAAUGUAUACAUUGGUGGUAAAUAUUAUGGAUCCAUUAUGCUAGCAGAAUUAAAUGUACCCACUCAAUUUGAUGAAAUGAGUAAUAUUGCAACAAUAGCACGGAUGAUGUUGAACAUUAAGAAUAUCUUCAAGCAAACUGUAAAAACCUUCACUUUUAUGGAGGAAGCUUCCAAGAAACACUCUACAGAAAACGUAUUGGUGUCAUCAAAAAUCAGAGAAUAUAUGCCUCCUAAAGUUAAGAAACCAAAGAACUUCUAA